AUGGGCAACAUUUGCAGUAGCAUGGAGGAAGAGUACUACACAGAGCUCAGGAAGGGAGUGGGAAAUGACCUCGUUAAGGAACUGCAGUAUGACUUUGCUUCUGUCAACUUUCUUGAAACCUUCUAUCCUCAGAUGGUCGCACAGGACUUUUGGUCCAUCGUUAGGCAACGUUCAAAGUGCAAGGAAGGUGACAAAGACGCGCGAGUUUCAUAUAGUAGCUUGCGUCGAUACUUGCGCAAAACCUACAACAUGGUCACAGACACUGACGUGGACACCCUCUACCGGAUAGUACUGCCCAAUGUGCGGAGAUCCCGUGCUGCAAUUGAGGAUUUGAAAUCCGAGAAAGUGGACAUUUUGACCUUUAUGCGGAUCUCCUACUUGUUCUACAGAUUUUACGACAUCCUCCACGAUCCGCAGAUAUGGAUAUUUUAUUGGGCAGAUACAUUUUAUACAGGAUACGCAUCUCUAAUGACUGUGCAGGCUCUCACAGCCUUUACGUAUCAACUCGACAAGAAGGAUAUGCGGUACCUAUUCCGCGUGAUACAAAACUCGGCUGGAUGGAUGGGGAUUGACCAGUGGCCGAUCCUAUCCGAAGGUCUUGAAUCUCUUGAAAAAGUGUCUAGAAGUACUCAGGUCUAUGCAAAUCAGGAAAAACGAGCAGUUGUCUUCAAACGGAACAGAGAAAAGGCCAUGGCAGAUAAGAAUUCGCUUGAGAAGGAGGUAGAGCGGGCUACAGAAGUUCAGAACGAGGGCGCAGCCACAGAUUCCAUACCAGAGCAGCAAGGGAAUACCGCAUUCUUUUCACGGAAAAACCUAGAUAUACUGAACAAGCGGGCUCUUCUCCUAGCCCAGGGUGUCAAUGAAAUAGAUGUAAUGCGUCUUUUAAAGAUGAGCACGAGCCAGACUAGUGCCCAUUCCCCCAACGUCCCAGCCCCACCAGCCAUGGCUUCGCACGGAGAUAUGUGGGGGUCAUCAAAAGAUAGUAAGGUGCCCAGUACGCAUGAGAAACUAGCUGGGGCACCAGAGAGUGAAGCGGACAAGGCUGUGGUAGAAGCUGAAGUCGUGGGCGUUGCCCGGUUGGUACUCACCCCAAUUAGGGAAGAUGCGUCAUCAGAAACCUAA